ACAAACAUCCAAUUCCAACAAAGAAGAAAGAAACACAAGAAUGGCAAAACUCAGCCUACUUCUAUUACUUGAACUACUCAUUUUCUUCACCCCUUCACUCUCUUGUCCUGAAUAUCAAAAACAAGCCCUUCUCAAUUUUAAAGCCUCUCUCAUCAAUUCUACUACUACUACUUCAACAGAAGGCCAACGUGUUCUUUUGUUUGAAUCAUGGAAUUCUAGCUCAGAUUGUUGCAACUGGGAGAGGGUCAAUUGUAGUUCUAGCCUUGGUUCAAGGACUGUGAUUGCCUUAUAUCUGAACGACCUUGUCGACCAGCUGCCGCGGGAGCACACAGUGUUGACUUCCAACAUCUUGACACCGCUCUUUCAUAUUAGAAGCUUGACGCAUCUCAAUGUGUCUAAAAACAAAAUACAAGGAGAAUUGCCAAGUGACGGGUUUGCUAAUCUGACUGAAUUGAUUUCUCUUGAUUUGGGGUCAAAUGACUUCUUUGGCUUCAUUCCCUCUCAGCUUUUUCAGUUGAGAUAUCUUCAAUAUCUUGAUAUGAGUAGCAACAAUUUCCAUGAUAUUCCUAAAGAGAUAGGGAAUAUGACAGAGUUGCGGCAUCUUCAAUUUUUGGACUUGAGUAAGAACCACCUAGAAGGAAUGUUCCCACAAUGGCUUGCUGAAAUGGAAGUUGGAUUUAUAAUUUUGUCAGGUAACAAACUCACAGGUUCUCUCCCUCCUUCUCUUUUCAACUCUACAUAUUUAAAUAUUCUUUCCCUGUCUCAGAACAAGUUUUAUGGACAACUACCAAGCAACAUUGGUAAUGCCACCUAUCUUAUGUCUCUUAUGCUGAAUGACAACAAUUUUUCAGGGAAGAUUCCUGAAUCCAUUUCCAAUCUUCGCACCCUCACCCUAUUGGACUUGUCCAAAAACAAAUUUUCUGGCAAUAGUUUACCAGAUUUUAGCUCUAAUAUAUGGCCCCAAAUCAUUGAUUUAUCUUCAAAUGAAUUCUCAGGUGAAAUUUCAACAAACUUUUCCAUCCUGACUAGAGUUCUUUCAUUAGGAAAAAAUAAGUUUUCUGGCAUCAUGUCUACAAACCUAAAUAAUAUGCGCCAACUUGAAUGCCUAGACAUCCAUGACAAUAAAAUCACAGGUGAAUUUCCGGAUUUUAUCUGCCAAAUCUCCACCCUUCGAAUACUAAAUUUAAGGAACAACUCUUUUCAAGGUUCAAUCCAUGAUUGUAUUUCCAAUCUUACUAGCCUCCAAAUUCUUGAUCUUUCAAACAACCGUCUUGUUGGAAAAAUCCCUGCCAAGUUCGGAAAUUUUACUGGUAUGAUUAAAACAUCUAACGAGUCGGUAGGUGAUGUUAUUGGUUUUAUGACUACUUCUUUCAGCUUCCAAGGCAAGAUUAAUGAUCUGAUCCUCAAUUGGAAGAAGUCAACACAAGGUCUAUCUUGGAAAAAUCUAAACAUCUACUCUUUGUUAGACUUGUCAAUGAACCAACUUUCAGGUGAAAUUCCAACUACUUUAGAUAGUUUGAAGGCUCUAAAGACUUUCAACGUCUCACAUAACAACCUUUAUGGGAGAAUACCAGCAAGUCUUGGUGAUUUGUUGAAUCUAGAGAGUUUGGACUUGUCACACAACAAUUUAUCAGGUUCAAUUCCACAAGAACUAGCAAAGUUGCAACAAUUAAGUAUUUUGGAUGUCAGUAACAACAAGUUGGCUGGUAGGAUUCCAGGUGGUAGCCAAAUGGAUACAAUGAAUGAUCCAAAUUUUUAUGCCAACAAUAGUGGGUUGUGCGGAAUGCAAAUUCGAGUGCCAUGUCCGGAAGACUUUUCACCAACAAAACCACCAAAGGUUGAGAGUAAGGAAAGAUGGUUCUCAUGGGAAGGAGUGGGGAUUGGAUAUGCAGUUAGCUUCAUCAUAACAGUGGGAAUCCUAUAUCUUGCCAAGUAUUUUGUCCCUGCAAAACCUCCAAAUUACCACCGUCAACGAAGAAGGCGAAGGAUAUAAAUUAUGCAUGUUGUCUAUGGUCAAAGAUCUAAAUCCCAACAUUGUAAAAGCUUUCAGUCAAACAAACAAUAAUGACAAGUGGUCAUUCAUAAGUAUCGACAGGUAAGUUGGCUUGAGGGGCGACCAUUUAUCAUGUUUGGGGGGAAUAAACAUUAAAAGGUUCACAAUGGUAAAGUGAGAAGUAAAGUGGAGUUGCUGGAAGCUAUUGCUUAUGAUGUAAGAGUUGUUUGUUUCGUUUGUAGUUUA